AUGCAAUCUUUAGAGCAGCGGUUGGCCCUUAUCGCUGCGGACUACGCCGCCCUCUAUCGUGAAUUGGCACGACUGCAUCUUCUCACACCACAUGAACUAAACAUUCAUUCAUUUCAAACGGUAUUUGAUCGCCUGCAUCUGGAGUAUCUGCACUACGCCGGUUCUACCGCCACUCAACCAUUUCACCGUGAUGUUAUUGAGAAUGUACUGCAACUCGCCGCUGCGUACCUCUCACUUCCCACAGAGGCAAGUCCCAAUAGUCGGGCCUUUGGCAUGUAUCUUCUCUUCUUUAUGUAUGCCACCCAACCCACUAUUGAUACUACUCCAAUAAAAGUGCGUAUCUCGCUUGGAACACUUCAGAACUACGUGGCAGAUGCAACUGCCACAUCAUCAUCAUCAUCAUCAUCAUCAUAUAAUAAUAAUAAUAAUAAUAGUAAUAAUAGUGUCUGUGAACACUUUGGAUCAUGUGUGACAGCUGGUGAACGACAAUUGAUGCUCACACUUCAUCAAACAGGGGCAUGGCAUAUUGUUCCCUUUGACGAUAUCGCACCUUAUGUACGAACACUACUGGAGGUGCAUGAGGCAGAGGGAGUCCCACUCAUAACGAAGAGUCGUAGUAAUCCGAAAGAAAAGAAUAAACAACGAAAAGGACAAUUGGUGUUGUUGGAAAGUGUAGGUACAAGUAAUGAUAAAACCGCACUCUCACAACAGUUGGAGGCGUAUGAAGCGAUGAAGCGACGUUUGGGUCUUGAUAAGGAGUUGGCAUAG